CGGUCAUUCGAUUAAAUGUUAUCGAUAGGUCUGAACAACAUCAACAAUUGGGCCUCGUUUUAAUUGUUGUAAAAUGUUAAAUUUUUUAAAUAAAACACGACAAUUGCUCUAUCCGAAUGUGCGCAGUCUGUCGCAUACACUCACAGCCUGCCAGAGCAAUGUGACCGCUGAGUCCACAACGGCGGCAAGCAAUAACGCGGUCGUCACCAAGCCGGCGCUAAUAUUGCCACAGAACUAUGCCGAAUACGCGCCCGUGAAUCGAAAUACUGCACGGCAGGCGUGGAUUGAAAAUGUUGAUGCGGUGGCAGAGCGUAAAGUGGGGCUUAUGGAACUGCAUCCAGAUGUGUUUGCCGCGCAGCCGCGCGUUGACAUCAUUCAGGAGAACAUCGAGUGGCAGCGCAAAUAUCGUUAUGUAAGCAUGGCACAUACCAAGACACGCGCCGAAGUGCGCGGCGGCGGUCGCAAGCCUUGGCCGCAAAAGGGCAUGGGCCGUGCUCGACACGGCUCCAUACGAUCACCGCUGUUCAAGGGCGGCGGCGUCGUACACGGCCCGCGAUCCCCAACCAGCCACUUCUAUAUGCUGCCCUUCUACAAGCGGGUGCUGGGCCUCACAUCGACGCUGAGCGUUAAACUGGCGCAGGACGAUUUGCACAUCAUUGAGAACGUUGAGAUACCAACACGUGAUGCACAGUUCAUUAAGGAUCUGAUCCAAGAGCGAAACUGGGGACCAUCAGUGCUGAUUAUUGACAAGCAAGAUAUCUUUCCGGAAAACAUUUGUUACGCUACCGACACACUGGGCUAUGUGAAUCUGAUGCCCGCCUUCGGUUUGAAUGUCUACUCCAUGCUGAAGCAUGACACCUUGGUGCUGACUGUUGAUGCCGUCAAGCAUUUGGAAGAGCGUCUGCUUUUCCAGUUGCAUCGCAAUGAUGCGGCCAGCAAAGGCUCCAAAUUCAAGCUGGAUCAAGUUUAAAUAUAAGUUUUUUUUUUUUGUUUUA